UUCGCUGACCCUUGAAAAGCUUGAUAUGCAAGAGGACGUCCAGAAAGAUCCAUCGCGCAUAAUGACCAAAACAUGUCGCGUGUUUCUGACCCCCCAAAUACUUUCCAGGAAAGUUUACAAAUGCAUGUAUUGUUGCAAUACUCGAUGUGGACGCGGGUAUUAUGGACGUCUCAGAAGUGGUCAACGUGUCCUUUUCUGUCGGGUAAGUGGAGGGAUUUGCACAAGGACUUGCAAGGAAAUGAAUAGGACAACGGCGAAAAAAGGACCUACCAAAGGACCCAGCCUACGCCCGCCACUAGCCACGACUCGACAACCACAACCAGGGACCACUCAACAGCCACAACCGGGCUCGACACAACAGCCAAAACCAGCCACGACUCAACAGCCUGAACCAGAGACYAAUCCACCACCCACUCAAGUCAACGGAACCAAGUUCUUGAAAAAAGAAAAUCUCUUUGAUGGGCUCUUUGAUUGACGGGAUUUCUUAAGUACGUAGUUUCUCAAGCAUCAAAUUUAAACUUUGUGAACUUGUAGUCUUUAUCAAAAUGA